AUGUAUUUGUGUAUUGCAUUAAUUCUGGUUUCUCUGAGUACUAUCUUUUGUAAUCAAACUAGAAAUGAUCUUGAAAGUUAUAUUUAUAAAAACUAUGAUGUUAAGAAAAUAUCUGCUAGGUGGGUUGUUUUCAAAUAAGAAAGUGAAGACACCUUUUACAAGAAAUGUUAAUGAUAUUUAUUAUAGAUCAAUCAAUAUUUUCUGCGCGGUAGAUCGAAUAAUUAUUCACGAGCAAAGUGAAUCUAUGAAAAUUCAGGUUUUUUAUCUCAUGGUAAGAUUUUUCAUAUAAUGUUACUCAAAAAAUCUGAAAAAUUUCAGUCUUGGAAAGAUGAGUUGAUUUCAUGGAAAAAAGAAGAUUUUUCAAAUAUAUCUAAGUUGUUCAUAGAUUUUACAAAGAUAUGGAGUCCCAAAUUUCAACAUUAUAAUAAUGGUAAUCGGGUAAAUGCAAAUCCCGGUAAAUAUUUGGUUAGAACUAUUGUACAAUUGAAUGAUGAUGUAUGUUUUUGUUUCUUAAACUAAAAUAAUCAAAUUUUAUUAUUUUCAGGGAAACAGCUCUACAAUUACUCAACAAACUGGUUUUGAUAUCGAAGCUCAAUGUAUUUUCAACUUUGAUAAUUUUCCGAACGAUGUGAAUAACUGUACAUUUGGGUUAAACUUGCUUGAUUAUAGUGAUGGAUUGGUUUUCAAAAGUUUUGCAGAUGUUGAGAUGGUGAAGUCAGGUGUGAUUUUUUUUAAUGAAUUGUCCUCAAGCAAGAAAGAAGAAAAAAUAUUUUCCAGUGAAACACUUUUUAUUUCAAGUUUUUUUACUAUUGAAAUUUUUCAAAUUAAAUAAGUUUCAGUUUGGGCGAAGUAUCGAAAAAAGAUGCGGAUUAAUAAUUUCAAGCUGAUAGAUAUCAAAGAAUGGUUUCCAUCUGUCGAAAAUGACAACCCUAAAUAUUUAGUCACAUUUACUUUCAAACGAUAUGCUCCAUUUGUUUUCGCAACAUUUACAAUGCCUACGAUUGUAAGUUCUCAACAUUUUUGUUUCAGACAACUUUCAUUUAAAUCAUUCUUCUUAUUUAUGUCAGAUUUGCUUAUUUUCGAACAUAUCAUCCUUUUUGAUACUAUCUUUAAAAACAUCUUGUUUUUUAUCGAUGUCAACAAUUAUAAUCCAAUUUUUAUUCAUGAGAACUAUGCUCCAGAAGGUUCCAAGUGUCUAUGGAAUACCGUGGUGUGUUUUGGUAUUUUUCAUUUGUAUCGUUUUCAAUUUCUUGAGUCUUCUGUCACAUUUACUUUUUCUUUGGGCUCCGGUUUAUCCAAAAGUUUAUAGAAGACUCUCUGGUUAUGUAGACUUUCAAACACUCUUGCCAAAAACCAGCUGGGUUGCUUACAAGGGUAG